GAUGACUUCAAGUUUGGCACAUCCGUCGCGUCUUGCGAUGUCAGUAUUCGCAUGGCCUUUAUUCGCAAAGUCUACCUCAUCCUCCUGACGCAAAUCUUGACAACCACGGCCGUUGGCGCCACGAUGUAUACGCAGCCUUCAAUCAAGGCAUGGGUGCAAUCGAAUCAGUGGAUGAUGAUUGUUGCAGUGAUUGGCUCAUUCGUCUCACUCUUUACGUUGUUUGCAGUACGCCACAAGUACCCGGCCAACUUUUAUGCGCUUGCUGGGUUUACCCUUGUUGAAGCGUAUACCAUCGGCGUCGCUACGUCCUUCUACGAUGCGCGUGUUGUGCUACAAGCACUCUUCUUGACGGCAGGUCUGUUUAUCGCACUCACGCUCUUCACCUUCCAGACCAAGAUUGAUUUCGUUUCUUGGGGCGGAUUCCUCUACAUGGCUCUGUGGGCACUCAUCUUGGUUGGGCUAGUGGGCAUGUUUUCCCCCCAUGGCAAGACCUUUGAGCUCGUCUAUGCCUCCCUAGGCACACUCCUCUUUUGCGGCUAUACAAUCUACGACACGCAAUUGCUGCUCAAGCAUCACAGUGUCGAUGAGUACAUUGUUGCAAGUGUCUCGUUGUACUUGGAUGUCCUCAACCUCUUCCUCAAUAUCCUCAGGCUCCUC